GAGGAGUUUUCAAGGAGAAGGAAGAUUUACUUUUGGUACCGGUUCCACGUUUGUGCAGAGAAGUUCAUCUUCUGUCCUCAAAAAAAUCCCUUCAGAAAUAACCUAUCAACGAAACUACGACUCAGAGAUAAAAGAUGUCGGCCAAGGGAGCUAGAGAUGAGUACGUUCAUUAUGUUGAGGAACGUCAUAAGCAUUGGAUGGGUUCCCGUGCUUCUUCAUAUCUGGAGUAUCUUUGUGAGUUAGACAUCGAUAAGCAACCUGUUACUAUUCGGAACUCUGGCUUGAUUUGCACUAUUGGACCUGCUUCAAGAUCAGUGGAUACAAUUGUACAGCUGAUUGAGAGUGGAAUGAAUGUUGCAAGAUUGAACUUCUCCCAUGGAACUCACGAGUACCAUAAGGAAACCAUAGCAAAUGUUCGCCGAGCAGCUCUCAUUGAAUGGCCUCAUGCUGUUGGCAUUGCUCUGGACACCAAGGGACCAGAAAUUAGGACUGGACUUCUAAAAGGGGGUGGAUCUGCUGAGGUUUCUCUGAAAAAGGGUCAGAAGCUGAAGUUAUCAACCAACAAGGAUAUGUUUGACAAGGGAGACAGUGAGACUAUCUUUGUGGACUACCCAAAUAUAACCAAGGUUGUGCCGGUUGGAGGGAUUGUGUUUAUUGAUGAUGGGCUGAUUUCACUUAAGGUGACUGGCAAGGAAGCAGACUUUCUGAUGACUGAGGUCCAGAAUGAUAGCAGUCUUGGUAGUAAGAAAGGUGUCAAUCUUCCCAACUGUGAGGUUGAUUUACCUGCCGUUUCCGAACAGGAUAAGAAGGAUAUUGCCUUUGCCCUGGAAGAAGACCUGGAUAUGAUCUUUGCAUCAUUCAUCCGCAAACCAAGUGACAUUGAAGAAAUCCGCAAACUUCUUGGAGACAAAGCAAAUAUCAUCAAGAUAGUCGCUAAGAUUGAGAACCAUGAAGGUGUCAGGCGAUUCGAUGACAUUGUCAAUGUUGCAGAUGGCAUCAUGGUUGCCCGUGGUGACCUUGGCAUUGAGAUUCCUGCAGAGAAAGUCUUCUUGGCUCAGAAAAUGAUGAUCAGUCGCUGUAAUAGAGUGGGAAAACCUGUUAUCUGUGCCACACAGAUGUUGGAGAGUAUGGUCGUAAAUCCACGACCAACACGUGCAGAAGCGUCUGAUGUAGCUAAUGCAAUUCUGGAUGGUGCUGACUGUGUGAUGCUGUCAGGAGAGACAGCUAAAGGUCGUUACCCAGUGGGCGCUGUACGCAUGAUGCAUAGUAUCUGCCGUGAAGCUGAGGCUGCCAUCUUCAGCAAGCAGCUGUUUGAUGAGCUAAGACACUCCAUGGACCGACCGGCCGAUGCUCAGGAGGCAACCGCCAUUGCUGCUGUUGCUGCGUCAUACCAAGCUAAUGCUGAUGCUAUUGUGUGUCUGACGCACACUGGAAAAACUGCUACCCUCGUGGCACGCUACCGUCCUCGUUGUCCAAUCGUCGUAGUGACCCGUGACCCGCGGRUUGCCCGCCAAAUGCAUCUUUGGCGUGGGUGUUUCCCUAUAGUCUACGACAAGCCACCUUUAGUCAACGUCCUUGAAGAGCAUGACGAGAGGCUUGAUUUUGCUCUUAACAUGGGCAAGUCUAUGGGUUUCUUAAAAACUGGCAGCAUUUUUGUGUUUGUUUCUGGUUGGAAGUCUGGCGCUACCCAUACCAAUACCAUCCGCAUCCUGUCCAUCGCUGACGAGAGAAUCCACAUUGCUCGUAGUUUGUCUGAAACCGCUGACCCCUCUGGCCAGGUCCAAGUGGACGGUUGAACCAAUACUUCACAUAGUACUGCUCAUAUGGGAUCAUUAUAUAAGGGAUGAGGGCAAAACAAUUGUCAUCUCACGGUACCCGAUUUAGGGGGGAGGGGUGUUGUUACCCGCUACCCACCACCUCUGGAAGUGAAAUCUUAGAUUUUGUCUCCAAAUACCUCCAAAACUAAAA